AUGGAGUUGGGACUCGCACUAGCCAUUGUUGCCAUCUCAGCAACAAUUUGUGUUACCUUGUACAGACAGGUAUGCCUCUCUUUGGAGGAUAUACAAUACUCUCCCGAAGAGCACACCUUUACGCCUGCCAGUGCCAGACCAGCGGCGCAAGAAGGGGAAAUAUUCACCAAGCCAGUGUACCCCAUAGACGCCUUCCCAGGAAGCAGGCAGGUUAAGACUGUAUAUGGAACAAUCCAUGUAUUUGAAUGGGGGCCUGAAGAUGGGGAGAAAGUUUUGCUUAUACACGGCCUUGGCACACCAUGUAUAGCACUGGGUGACAUGGCUAAAGAGUUGGUUCGCAAAGGCCACCGAGUCAUGAUAUAUGAUCUGUUUGGUCGGGGCUACUCUGAUGCGCCGAAUGACCUAGUGUGCGAUGCAAGACUCUACACCACACAAAUCUUGCUUGUGCUCUCUUCUUCUCCGCUAUCAUGGACUGGUGAUUCUGCCUUCCAUAUCAUUGGAUUUUCCCUGGGUGGCUCGAUUGCCGUGGCUUUCGCCGCUUACCAUGCGACUAUGCUUCGCUCUAUAACUCUGGUUUGCCCUGGCGGCCUCAUACGCACGUCACACCUGAAGCCUCUAGAUAAAAUUUUGUACUCCUCCACCAAACUUGUACCUGAGUGGCUUCGCCUUAAACUCUUCCGCGACAGUUUGGAGCCAAGAAACGGCGCGGCCUGUGCAGAUGUUCCGGGGGAAAUGGAGGACGAGGAUGAUUUGGCCUUCGAUGAUGUGCCGAUUGCGGAGGAUCGGCCACAAGUCACUGUCGGAGAUGUGAUUCGAUGGCAGCUAGGGGCCAAUGCUGGAUUUGUGCGGUCUUAUCUGAGUACACUCCGUAGUGCUCUAGUCUAUAGACGACAUGAUAGGACAUGGAGAAUCUUGGCCGACGAGCUCGCCAGGAGACGCACAGGAGAUGCUUUACCGGGCUUGACAGGCGGAAAGGUUUGCCUGAUAGUGGCGACUAGUGACGUUAUUGUGGUGGGUGAUGAAUGUGCCUCUGACGCUGCGGAGAUACUUGGGACAGAAGCUUUGGAGACUCACGUUCUGAGCGGAGGGCACGAGAUUGCAAUCUCGAGAUCGAGAGAUGUGAGCUCAAUAGCUAUGGCAUUCUGGAACAGAAAAUUAUAG